UUUUUUUUUCCUUGCUUUGCUACGAAGAUAAAGAGGGAUUCAGAACGCAGCCAUUAAAGAAUUUGCCAUCUCAUCCUGAAGUGUGAAAUAAUAGCAUAUCAGAAUCAACUCAAACAAAUUAGAUUAAUAGCUAUCAUUAAAUGGAAGGAUCAACAGAAACUAUUGCCGUUGAUGAUUGCGCUUUGAAUGGAGGCUGGACAGUUGUUUUACCCCGCCGUGGAAGACAAAGGAGAAGAUCUAACAAAGUUGAAACUUUGAAAGAAACAGAAGAACCAUGGACUCCAACAGACGUACAAAUUGAUCCCUCCACAGAAAAAGCCUUGAUGCAAAAAAUUGAAAGGAGCAUAAAUAAAGUUGAGAGCUCUCAAUUCUACCAUAGUCUUCGAGACCAAUUACAAACCCCACCAAUUUCUGAACACUUGCACAAGGUCUUGGGAUUGGAGUCAAAGAUGCCAAUGGUAAUUUAUGGUAUUGGCAGCCUUGAAUCAUAUGAGCCCCCCAGAUUGCAGCUUAGUCUGGCAAUAUUAAUGAAAAGAGAUUUUAGAUGGAUUGAAGAUAUUGACGUAUUUGAUCCUGUUCUAUCUGCAACUGAAUCUCGGAUUUUGGAAACUCUAGGCUGUUCUGUCUUACCAUUCAAUGAACAUGGAAGGAGACAGGCUCUAAAGCCAACUGUGUUCUUCAUGCCCCAUUGUGAGGCUGAGUUAUACAACAACCUCUUGCAAGCUAAUUGGGAACUGAAUCUAUUAGGUAACAUGGUCUUGUUUGGGAAUAGCUUUGAAACAUACAAGCAAGUUUCAGAGUUUAACUCACCCGUUUUGAACUCAAUGGGACAUAUUUUGGCGGCUCGAAAAUUUACAAAUGAGUUUAGCAUAAAAACAAUUUCUGAUGACUAUUUUAAUGCUUUUCAUGAUUCAAGUUGGCAUUUUUUCAGCCCUUUUUUAGAGACUGAGCUGCAAUUUAUGAGUUCUUGAUGGAGAUUAUUGGUACUUGGUAGGCAUGUGAAGGGAUUGUACUGUAGUUUGGUUUUGAGCCAUUUUAACCUUUAACUAGCUAAGAAAACACGAUAAACAUUUCUGUGUACCUCUCUCUUGAAAGAAAUAUUAUUUUGGAUCGUUCUCUUUCUUUGACAGGUGCUUGUGUGAUUGUGUCUAGGAUUCAUUUUCAUAAAUAUUAAUCAUUUGGAUGCGUAUAUCUAGUGCAGCUUUUUCGCUGCGCCUGACAUUUUUAAGCUUAUGUAAAUAUGACUGAAUUGAAAUUUUAGUCUAUGAAA